CUCUCAACAUUGUAUAAUAUGUUUUACUUUUACAGGGAUUCUUUUUCAGUAUUUAAUCAAUUAUGUUAGUGUAUACUGUAUAUGUUAAGGAAACGAGUGUGAAACGUUAGUUUGUUUGUUGAGAAAUAUCGAUGCAACAUUAUUUAAUUUUAUUUCGGAAGCACUGUGUAAAAUUCGGAAUCCUAGAAACAAUAAGUGAUCAAAAUCGAUUUCUAAUUACGCUCAUGUAAUACAAAACAAUGCGGUAUUAUGUCAGAAAAACGAACCGGGGUAAAACACCUCAAAAACUGAUGGAAACGGCCGCUUAUGCGGUUAUGCAUCAAGGGCAGAGUCUACGGGCAGUAGCGAAGGCCCUCAACGUCGGCUAUGCGACACUCUUCCGAUUCAUAAAGAAACUGAGAUCCGGUGACAACCCAACCGUCGGUUACAAACCCAAGCUACUCUUCACCGCGUCUCAAGAACAAGAAAUCGUGAAACAAUUAGCCCAAUACGCUAAAGUUUUCUGUGGAUUAUCUUUAGAUGAAGUGAGAAAACUUUCCUUCCAAAUUGCAAGACGAUGGAAAUAUGUGAUACCUGAGAGUUGGGUUAAAAAUAGUACCGCUAGCAAAGAUUGGGGCGACAAGUUUGUAAUAAGGCACAAUUUCCCUGUGAAACCGUUGAAAGGAAAGUCAAUGAUAAAUUUCUACACUAUGUUGGACAAAUUAAUGGACAAACAUAAGUUUUUACCAUCAAGAAUUUACUAUUUAGAAGAAAUUACUGUUCCAAUAGCCAAAUACAUUCCCGACACAGGUUUGGCUAAUCUAAAACCAGUAUGUAUGGAAUUAGCUGUAAAUGCUUCAGGAGAAAUUGUGACGCCAAUGUUAAUGAUGAAUAACGAUGAAUACAAGCUGAAUGACAAAUCUAACAUUUGUAUUGUAAGUAAAACAGAAAUAUCAAACGCUACGGACUCAAGAUACUUAAACCAUUUCAUAGAUCGUACUAAACCAUGCGUAGCUGAUCCUGUAUUGUUAAUAAUAGACAACUGUCAAUAUGUUGAUAUGAAUGUUUUAAAGAAAGCAAAACAAAACUCAAUUAUACUCCUUUGUAUUCCUAAGAGUGAAGGCAGUAUGAAACCGUUAGCGAAAUUAGCGAAGUUUAUUAAAAAACCUAGCAAAGCUCAGAAACCGUUGUUCGAGCCUGGCUGUGACAUAUCAAACAUUGUAUGCGCAAUGAUGCCGUCAAAAAAGGAGAUAGUGAAGUGUUUCAGCGAUAACGGAGUGUGGCCGUUCAAUCCGAGUGCAGUUACCGGUGAAGUAUUCGUACCUGAACCUGUUGAAGAGUAUAAUUUUAAAGUGAGCGUGCCGGGCGCGCAGCCUUUGCCUGGCCCGAGUAGAAUUCCGAAUACGCAAACCUCAGAUACCGACGUGUCAUCCAACGAUCUUAGCAGAGGAACUAUCGACCAAUGUCGCUUCUGCGGCGAAUUCACCAAAUGCGUCCCCGUUUCCAACAAGCCAUACAUCUCUAACAUCACCACACUAGCCUUCAACGACAUCACCGUACAACUGGACUUCAACGACGAAACAUUACCCAAGACCGUCUGCCAAGCCUGCGACGCGAAACUAAGAGAGAUGCACGAUUUUGUUAAAGUCGUCAAAGCGGCUCAGGAAUCGAUGAUCAAUGUUGCACAACCAAGACAAGUCGAUGUUGAAAUAGAACCUAGAGAAGAUUAUGAAACGUUAAUUGUUAAAACUGAAUAUGAUGAUGAUGAAGGAAAAGAUGAAGAUGAUGGUGAUAACAAUGAAAGUAAAGAUGAAAUAGUAGAUUCGUUGACAAUUGGUGAAACUAUAUAUAUCAAAGAAGCUGUAACUCAAAAAAGGAAAACUAAGACAGCAAGUCCUAAAAAGACGAAGAAAGCUAAAGUAACUGAAGUUAAAAGUGAGACUGAAGAUGCAGAGUUGAUAAUUGAUAUAAAAGAAGAAGUUAUUGAGAUAGACACAAAUGAUCUUGAAAGUGAUACAGGGUGUUUUGUUAGUGAUACAGGAUGCUCUGUUAGUGAUACAGGAACGGAUGCUAAACCUACUGAAGUGGAACUUGCAACGAGUGCUUUAGUUUUUGAAAUGAGAAGUGAUGGUAGUGGAUAUAGUUAGGGAAACAGGUGGUGUUUUUUUAAACAAUACAGUGUUUUUAGAAACUUGAUGGUUUUAGUUAGAUAUUAUAAGGAAGUGCAUUUUGCGUUAUGGUGUUUAAUUGAUUUUGCUCAUAUAAUAAUGGCAAAAGUUUGUGAUGAAAAUUUUGUAAUUUGUAAUGAGGGCUACCGUUUUGCUCACCAGUUGGCACCACUGUAGAUGUAGGUCCAGAAAAACAGAUCUCAAAAUUCUUCUAUUCUUAUUUUUAUAAAAUCAAUACGUUCUAAUAUACACAAAGGUAUUUUAGCGUCUAAAACAUGUGCCAUGUUUUCAACCUGUUUAGUUUUGCAUAUAUUUUAUUUGGCACUUUUUUUAAACCACUAAUAUUUAUUGAGCUAUAAUAUAGAUAUUAUCUAUUGUUUACCAUGAUUAAUCAAAGAUGGACAAAGAUUUACCACAAUUAUGAAUAAGGAGUGAAAAUUCCCGAUAAAAAAGCUUGAAACCCCCAAAACUCCUAUGCAUUUGACAUUUUGAAAGACCUCCAUCUACACUAGCGUCCCUAGCGGCGGAAAUAAACGUGGCAGCCCUCAUUAACCAGGAUUAUUUUAUUUUAUAUAGCUUACUCAAUUUCUAACUCUCAAUGGCUAUCAAAGCAAGAAUCCUGUUUUUUUUGUUUGUUUAGUAUUUUUAGUUGUUAUGUGUAAAUGUGGAGAAGAUCGUCUAAAAGCUCUUUCAUCGCUUUUAACUCUUGCGUUUUUACUCAUACUCCACUUACAGAAGGUCUGUAAGAUCUUUCUGACUGUGUCUGAGCGGCGUAUUUAUACAAAUACAAUAAUUCUUGCCAUCUUGCCCUAUGACUAUGACGGUCUUGCCAACCUUUUAUACCUUUUUUUUGUCGGUCUUAGCCACAUUGACCUUAGUAAGAUUGCAUCAAUUUGUUUUCUCAUCUUAAACACAAUCCUCACAAUUUUUAGUUAUAGUUGGUCAAGCAAAUCUUGUCAGUAAAUAAGAACUGAAAAAAACACACUCAUCCCCUUCUUCUGGGCGCCAGCACCAGUGAAAGAAAAAGACAGUAUGAUUCUCUCCGUCUACGCCCGAAAUGAGACAGUCCCUUGACAAAGUAUACCUACUGAUUUAGGUUGGUGUGUGAAGUGUUUUAUGAAAAAAAUAUCUUUAUUCUUUGAAUUGUGGUAUUUUCUAUAAAAAGGGACCUUAUUGUCGAUGGUGCUUACGCCAUUAUUAACGAUGCUCCGAUUUAAAUACAUUGCCGCGCGACGCUGUGCGGCGUAAGCGCCAUCGACAAUAAGGUCCCUUUUCAUAGAAAAUGUCCCAAUUAAUGUUUUGUUCCAAACUAUGUUUGUAGAAUUUUGUAUGAAUACGUGAAUAUAAUUCAAAUAUCAUUGAGAUGUUUGUGUCAUGUAUGUCAAGAACAUUCGUGUUCAAGUCUUUAUUUUUCUUUUUCCUAAUAAAGAAAUUAAUUUUUA